AUGACUACAUUGUUUGAACAGCUGUUGGCUGGUCUUGCAGAUUGCCAUCAUCAAGAACUGCAAAAAAUACAGACAAAGCUGAUGGAUCGGUUGGCUGUGGUAGAGGCUGAAAAUGACUUGUUAAGAAAUAAACUCAACGAUGCAUUGGCCAUGAUUGAGUCGGAAAGAAACAGUCAUCAGCAAGCUAUUUUGGCAUCUGGACACAGUCCGAGACAAUGUCCGAAUCAAAUAGACCACCAAUCGCCUGCAAACAAUGCACAACAUGGAAUCGUACACAACGAGAACCCACUAUCAGUAUCAGCAAAUGAAUCGUGCACUUCCAAAGAUGAUCUAAUAGCACACCUUACUGCUGAAAACACAAGAAUAUUUCGACAGAUGCUUCAAAACCGGAAAAGUUUCAAUGAGCAGCUGGCUCUGGUUUCUCAAGAGCGUGUUGGGACCUUCAAACAGCCGAUUAUAAAUGAUGAAAAGGACGCUAUUGCAGUGUAUUCUGAACAUGACAAUCCGCAAUAUACAGAUGACACCGUUGCUGAGCCUAUAAAAAUUGCAAUCUCUCAAAACGCCAUUAAUAUAAACGAUGCAGGUUCACAAUUUAUUGAUCAUCUGGUUUCAUUUGACUUGACUCCAAAAAAGCGUUUGCAUUCAGAUACCGAACUGGCUAUUGUAGAUUCAUCGGACUUGACGCCUAACUCGCCAAAGUCAUGCAGUAUUCAGCAGCCCAACGAAUUUGAUCAUACUUCUCCGCCCAGUAGUAUUAUUGUAGAUGAAUGUUACUCGUCCAACAUUCUUCAAAACUUUGAAGCAAGUAACAUGCUUGAAUUUUUUGAAACGCCAUCCAAAAAAGAUGCACGGUUUAGCUGUAUAGCUCAGCAACAACUGUUUUCUUCGCCAGGAUCUCCAAUCGUUCUAUUUCACAAGUUCAAUGAAUCAAAUCAUUCCUUUCAAAAUGAAAACAUGACCGAGUCACGACAACACCACAAGCAGCAACAUUCGGUAUUAGAAGAUUCUCAUGGCAGUAUCAAAAACGAAUCGGAUGAAAACAAGGACCAAAUGAUUGCUAAACCCAAAGCAGAUUCAAAGUCCAAAAUGUGUACUCCUGUAACAGUUUUGGGUUCUCGAUCCAUAAACAUUUGCCAUGAAAACAAUAGUGCUUUAUCGAAACCUUCGUUUGCAUAUGAGGAAGUGGUGCGAGAUAAAGAGCGUCGCAAACAAAUGCAUGGCGAGGCGUGUCCAUGCUGCGAAGGUUAUUAUCGGCUAACAGCUGAUUUGCAUGCGCCAGCAGAACUCGGGGCCAAGAAUACUCCACAACAACCAGUUUGCGAUCGAAUUCAAAAUUCGUCUCGACACAGGUUUUGGAGUGCACGACCCAAAACACCUCCAGGAUUUUGGCGAGUGGAUUUUCCCAGCACACAAGAAAAUCGAAAAGAUAAUGUAGGCUUUGAUUAUCAGGGACAGGAAUCACGAUUGCCUAACAAGGAUAAAGUUUCACGAAGAAAAACAAUUGAUGGUAGCAAAACCGUCCUUUAA